CUCUUAAUGUAUCAUCAUUGCAAACUUUAUUUUUGUUCAUCCCCUGCUUCUUGCUUUUCACUAGCUAGCUUAAUUAUCUCGGAGUCUACAUGGCCUCAGCUCAGGUCGAUGCGACACAUGUGGAAGAGUUCACAAAACCUUUGGAAGAAACAACAUUUGAAUCUCAAGGACCAGAAAAGGCUCCAACGCCUCCUCAAAACAUCAAAUCCCCCUACGAUGAUGAUGAUGAUGAUGAUGAUGAUGAUGAAAAUGACAUCACCUUGCCCGAUCAAUUAGGAAAAGAAGAGGAUUUAGAUGACGACGACAAGGAUGAAAAGGCCCCAGAACCUCACAUAAUCGAAGAUGAUGACGAAGAUGAUGACGAUGAUGAUUAUAAUGAUGAGAACAACGGAGCACAAGUUGAAGCACACAUCUCGAAAUCUGGUUCUAGAGCUACUGAUUUUUCAGAGGAAGAUGAUGAUUGAGCAUGAUCAAUUGGUAUUUAUAAAAUUUGAAAGUUGCAAUGUUCUAAAAAGAUAUGUUUUCUGUAAUUUAGUGCUUUUCUGUAACCGGGUCGGGUUCUUACCUGUUAAUGACCCAUCUAUCCAUCUAUAGCUUAAAUGCAUCCAUUUGAUUUUACACUAAA